AUGGCAAAUAAAGCUUUGAAAAUAUUGUUUUUACUUGCUGUUUCCUCAACGCAAUUUUCUUCUGUGGCGGGAGACAUUUUGAAAGUGACUGGCAGAUUUUCAAGACAAAGUAAUGAUCCUAUGGAAAAUGUAGGCUGCGAACUACAAGCAGACAUGGACUUUGAAUCGUGUGACUUGACAAAGACAACACUAAGUUCUGCAGAAUCUAAACUGCUCGACCUCCAAACAGUUCCAGACGGAACGGUAUGCGACAUGCCAGAUGGAGGGACACGUUUGACAUGCAUGAAGGGCAAAUGGGAAUUCCAAGAUUAUCUCCCAAAGGAUGGACUUGAGUUGCACAGAAACAAACGAUUCUUACGGGUUAUAAAAUUAAUUGUUUCAAUUGCUACAGGAAUAAAACCAAUUGUGUGCCUUUUUGUUCAAUGCAAUAGCGGCCCCCCAGAAAACAGGCCACCUUUUAUAACAUGUCCCAAAGAUAUAGAUGGAAAAGUUUACUACACUAAUGCGGGUGAGGAUAAGAUUCCGGUCGCAUGGGCGACAGCUACUGCUAAAGAUCCAGAAGAUGGUGCUUUGGGAAUUACACAGACACAGGGAAAUUUACCAGGCACUCGACACGGAGAAGGAACACAUCUGAUCUCCUACAUGGCAAAAGACAGCAAAGGCUUAAUGGCUACUUGCUCAUUUUCUUUUUCUGUUACAGUUCGUCGAUGUCCUUUAACUAACACAAACAUACUUCAUGGAGUUGCAAACUGCUUUCCCUCGGAGAACAAAAACAUUUAUGGCAGUGUGUGCAGCUAUACUUGCAACGAUGGUUACAAAAUAAAUGGAUCUGAUAGUGCUGAAUGCCUCGAAACACAGUCCUGGUCAUCAGCGAAACCCGAAUGCCAAGCGAUAAGAUGUGGCAAGCUGCCCAAUGUCAAGAAUGGAUCUUUCGAUUGUGAUGACCAACGCUUUAGCUACAAAUCUAUGUGUGCUUUAACAUGUAGUGACGGCUAUGAAACAGACGGAAACGACUCAAUAUCUUGUCAGUUUAACAAAAAAUGGUCAUUAUCAGGAAUCUGCAACGAUGCAACACCCCCAUCUGUUGAUUGCGGACCAGACAUUAAAGUUUUCGCGGGACCCCGUCUGGCUAAGGUUAAUGUGACCUGGGACCCACCAAAAGUGCAGGACAACUCUGGUUUACCAGUUACUGUAACAAGCGACGUACAAUCAGGAUCCUUGUUUGACGUGGGCACCACACCUGUCGUGUUUACAGCUAUAGACAGCUCAAAUAAAAUCACUCGCUGUACUAAGUUGGUUCACGUUACAGCCAAACGUUGUUCAGACUACAUUGAGGGGAACAACUCGUUUGUAAACUGUUCCCAUGGUAACGCUUAUGGAUCUGUCUGUACAACAACAUGUCAACAAGCGUAUGAGCUGGUGGACGUAUCAACACAGACUUGUCUAGAAAAGCAGACAUGGAGUGGUGCCAGACCAAUUUGUAAACCUCGAUCAUGCGUGGACCCACCACCUGUAGCAAAAGGUAACUUCACUUGUCCCAAUGGUCAAAAAUACCAAGAUGUUUGUUCACUGAACUGUGACCAAGGUUACAUGGCCCACCCACCUUUGACUAUCACGUGUAACAUUAACGUGGCGUGGUCGCAAACUGGAUCGUGUUUAGACACCCAAGCUCCAACAUUUCCUGAUGGAUGUCCAAUAAGUUUUGAAGUUGUAGCCGCCAGUCUAGGAGAACCUACAUACGUGAACUACACUCUACCAAAAGCUACAGACAAUUCUAAUGAACCUGUUGUUUUACUUGGCAACCCAAUCUCUGGCUCAGCUUUUGAUAUUGGCACUAGUACAGUGAUUGUAACUGCCACAGAUAGACAAGGGAACUCUGCUAACUGUACUUUUGUCAUCAACGUCAAAACCACCUCUUGUGAAGCACCCAACAUAGACACAUCCGGCAAAGUCCUCAUCAACUACAACUGUCCCAACCAAUACGUGUAUGGGGCCAGCUGUCUCCUCAACUGUACAGAUGGUAACCCAAUCAAUGGUCCCAGCUCUAUCAAAUGUGACAAGCUGUCUACUGGACUUCAGUGGGUGUGGUCAGGGAAUGUCAAGCCUUAUUGUAACGCUCAAUCCUGCAAAAAACUAACCAGCCCAACCAAUGGCGCCUUAUCAUGCGAUUCGCUAGGUGCAGUUGGUGGCGAGAUUUGUCUACUGCUGUGUAACAUUAAUUUCACCUACCCAGCAUCCACAACUGGUCAGUACACCUGCACUAAAGGCCUGUGGAAACCAAAUGAUCAUAUUCCAGGAUGUACAGUUCGCCGUCAGCCUGAUGAAGUAUUAACGAUGCCAGUUUUUUAUUACUUCGCCCAAGACUGCAACUCCAACAGUAGUGAAAUCAAACAGACUUUUCUUCUCAUGUUGGAAGACCUUGGACUUUCAGAUGUGUGUGGUAAUAAGAGCUGUACUGUAGACACAGUAGAAGUUACUUGUGGGCAGGUAUCACAAAGAAGGAAGAAACGAAGUGUUGGGCAAUUUCAGUACAAAAUUAAAGCUGUUAUCGGAUUAGGAGAAUACAAAGAUGUAAACGGACCAGCGGAUACACAAGAGUACUACCAAACACUAGUAAACAACGUCAACAGUAAAAUUUUAAAUGCUUCUGAUGCUGGAAAAUUCAAUGUUCCUGAAAUUGGAACGUUUGAUUCCUUCAAGUAUGGAGAAAGUGUGUUUAAUUGUGAACCAGGAAAAGCUAUUGUGUACAGCACUAUGUCUUGUGCUGGCUGUGGGCCUGGCUUCACCUACAACAACUCCACAAGUAAAUGUGACACCUGCCCUCAGGGAACCUACCAGGACCAGGAGGUAUCAUAUACCUGUAUCUCAUGUCCUGUGGAUACAACAACAAUAACAAAUAUGUCCACUUCUAAAAAUGACUGUCAAAACCUCUGCUUACCUGGCCACUUCUCAUCCACUGGUAUCCAGCCAUGUAACUCUUGUCCUAAAGGAACUUUUGCCUCUCAGUAUGGCAUGAAACAGUGUACACUUUGUCCAUAUGGGAUGUCGACACUGUCUACUGGAGCAUCAGCACUUACUGAUUGUCUGUUUUUUGAUAUUCGAAUGAAUGAAAACACAUCUAAACCUGUGAUCAAAAUUGUUGAUGACUUACCUGAAAAAUUCACAUUUCUAAUAUGGAUCUCUGACGUUUCAAACAUGGACACCUCUUCUCUGAAGAUAUCUUUAAAAAAUAAUUGUGACACACGUUCAGCUUAUUUGCUCAUAGAUACAAUUAGUUUACAUAUUUGUCAUCAAACUGAUAUAAGUGUUCGAAUAAUCAGAAAGUGGAAUCAUGUGGCUGUUGUGUAUUCAUCAAGCACUGGAACUCUCUUCGUCAAUGGUCAAAUGAUGGAAAGUGUAAAUGUCACCUCAGUGUCAGAUCUGAUCAAGAAGGAUAUUUACUUUAAGAGUUCGUCAAAUAUUAAAUCAAUACUAGUGAGUGGAAUCCAAAUGACAACAACGCCAUACACAGAAUCCCAGAUUAAAGAGUUCAGCACUUCAUGUAACAAACAAGUAGACAAUCAUGUGCUGGCAUUUAAACCAUGGGAGUCUCUCAUGAUGACUGAUAGUACAUGCAAUGACAAAGACCUGUGUACUGGUGAGCCCUGUGGAGCAUAUGGCACCUGUAUUGCUGGGACUGAUGUACUCACAUGUGUAUGUGAUGACCCAUGGACAGGAGACCAGUGUGAAAAUGUCCCAGAUUUCUGUGUUGGACAUCACUGUGAGAAUGGAGCCACUUGUGUGAAUCAGCCACAAAACAAAGACUACACUUGUUCAUGUCCAAUAGGAUUUACAGGACUACUUUGUAAUGUCCCCAAUGUAGACCCUGUAAACGGAAGCUGGGGAAACUGGAGCCAAUGGUCAAGCUGUUCAGUGACCUGUGGGUCUGGUGUCAAAUCAAGAUCAAGAGAAUGUGACAGUCCUAAACCAGAAAAUGGGGGUGAACUCUGUCAAGGUUCAAAAACUGAGACUGAAGCUUGUGACACUGGAUGUAGAGACUGUAGAUGGGGAGACUGGACACAGUGGACAUGUGAUGUAACAUGUGGCUCUGGUACAGCAACACGUUCUCGUACAAUUGCCCAAGUUGCUGUUAAUGGUGGUCUGUCAUGUCAGGGUCCUAAAUCCAACAGCAGACUUUGUACCUUGUCUGUUUGUCCAGUUAAUGGAGAUUUCGGAGAAUGGGGUGAGUGGAGCACCUGCAGCAGUAGCUGUGGAGGUGGUGUGUCAACCAGACAAAGGUCAUGUGACAACCCAGCUCCAAGUCUGGGAGGAAAACCUUGUGACUCUACUCAUGCAGUUCAAACACUGCCAUGCAACUCUCAAGAUUGUCCUGUAUGUAAGGACCCAGAGUUACGUGAGGGCCAGAAAGAAUGGAACUGUUCUACAGACAGCUCUGGCCUGCAGACAUGUAACAUUGUCUGUCUACCUGGUCGUGUUCUAAUGCCAUCAACUGACAACAUUUUCCAAUGUGGACCCACCAGUAACUACACCUGGUCACAACAAACACGGGAUAAUCCUACUGGUCUUACCCCAGCUUGUGCAGACCAAAAGAUCCCUGAGUCAGUGUCCCCUGUUAUUACAACCACCUAUGAUGUAGAUUGCAACAAGCUACCAGCAGCUGUUGAUCUAGAAAGUUCUGUAAAUAACCAACUAGCACAACAGAACUGUGUUAAACAAGGCACCUGUACAUUUACAGUGACGUCACAGUCAAACUGUAAGACAAACAAGAAGAGAUCAAGUGGCACAAUUACAACGCAAGUCAACGUAAUUCCUAUUGGUUAUAAUGAUACAGAAAAAACACUCCUUGGAAAUCUAUCUAAAGAAGAAGCCACAGCAGAAAUGGCCAAGCUGUUGGCAGUUGAACAAACUCUGCAAGACAUCAUAAAAAACAAUGCAGCAAUUUUCACUGUCAUUAUUGAUGAGGUGAAAUACGUUGGCCAGGUACAAACUGUGGAGACAACAAUAGUUUGCCAGCCAGGAACUGGGUUCGUGGAUGGGUUUUGUGUGGACUGUCCAGCAGGAUCCUAUUCUCCAGGAAAUGGCUCAUGUCUGUAUUGUGAUAAAGGAUUGUACCAGGACCAGCCUAAGUCAUCUAGUUGUGUACCUUGCCCCUCAGGUACUACAACAUCAGGAAGAGGCUCGUACUAUCUUAACCACUGCACACCCAACCCAAUCAGCUAUGAAGACAUUUAUCCUUUCAUGAUAGAACCUUCAAAUGGGGAAAUGACAACCAAAGGACAAAACCCAGAUAACAAUGGGGGAAAUGUAACAAUAAUAGUUGCAGCUGUUAUUUCCAGUGCAGUCUGCCUUCUUUUAUUGGGAAUCAUAAGUUUCCUUAUUCUGAAAAAAUGUGGAAGAGUUUUCCCUAGAACUGAUGCAUCACAUUACAUACAGCAUACUACGGAUUCUUACCCCUCUACAAAGUUAGACUAAAAAGGCCUCCUUCUUAUAAAAUGUUUUUUUUUUUAACUUUUAUUUUACAUUGCUGUGGUGAUUUUUAAUUUAUAUCUACCAAAACGU